AUGUCUGCCGAUGGCUCUGUUCCAAAGCCAAAAACUACUUCGAGUAAUAAAAAAAGGUCAUCUUCAAAAAGUCGUUUGUCUAAGACCGAUCAACGUCCUCGAUCAACUAGUAAAUCACGUAAGGUUGCCAAUACUGAACCAAGAAAAGUAAGAACAUCAAAGUCAGGUACAAGAGAAAGAUCUAGAUCACGUAAUAGAAGCACAGAAACCACAAUUAAAACUGUGAUACAAAAAACAACUGCAAUUUUAAAUACAGAAAAACCAAUUAUAGAACCAACUAGAAUGGUUCUACGUAAUAGAAUUCUUCCAAAAGACGAUGGAAUUGAAACUGUACGCCCAGCAACCCCAUUACAACCUGUAAAAGAACUUCCGAAACCACGUAAUGAAAAUAAGAUGGUAAAAAUGUGCCAACAUGUGAAAUCUAAUAAGUUCUUAUACUUAUUAACCAUAGUAUUUUUUAUUGCACUAAGUAUAGCUUUUUUCUAUAAACAAAACACUAAAGUGUAUAUAGAUCAACUUAGAAUCAAAAUUACACAUUUCCUUGAAAAACAAAGGAGAAAAAUUUCAAGUUAA